CGCUCUCGAGGCGGUUUUUUCUUUUUUCAUUUUUUUCAGCUGCGAGGCGGUUCCGAAGUGCCGUUCUCUGUUUAUUCGAGCGUCUAGCGUAGGCUUAAAGCUCUCUCGUCGUUCUCUCCACGUUCCCUCCUCUCCUCUCGAUCGAAGCCAUGGCUGGCGACGGAGAAAGGGGUCGGCCUAGCAAGAAGCUAAAGAUCUCAUCAAAGUCUCCCCAGAUCGUCGAAGACGAUGACAUUGGACAUUAUGCCGACGAUUUCGAUGAAGAUAGCCGAGAAGAGGAGAGGGAUACCAAGAAGAGGGAUUUUACCAAGCUGGAGCUGAAGCCGGAUCAUGCCAACCGCCCCCUCUGGGCCUGCGCCGAUGGCCGCAUCUUUCUCGAGACCUUCUCUUCUCUCUACAAACAAGCCUACGAUUUCCUCAUCGCGAUCGCCGAGCCCGUUUGCAGGCCGGAAUCGAUGCAUGAGUACAAUUUGACGCCGCACUCUUUGUAUGCUGCUGUCUCUGUUGGACUUGAGACGGAGACCAUCAUUAGUGUUCUUAAUAAGUUAUCAAAGACGAAGUUGCCCCGUGAGAUGAUUGAUUUCAUCCAUGCUUCCACUGCCAAUUAUGGGAAAGUGAAGCUUGUGCUGAAGAAAAAUCGGUAUUUUGUGGAGUCACCUUUUCCGGAGGUGCUGAAGACGUUGCUUAGAGAUGAAGGUAUAGCACGGGCGCGGAUUACUCCUGAGAAUUCCCAAGGUGGUGAAGCUUUUACAAUUAGCAGAACUGCGGGGGAGAUAGAAGGGGGUCAUGAAGAGUUGCUGAAUGGAGCAGAAUUCGCUGCUGCAGCUGAAGAAAAAGAAACUCAUUCUUUUGAAAUAGACCCAAGUCAGGUUGAGAACGUCAAGCAGCGCUGCUUACCAAAUGCCUUGAAUUUUCCAAUGCUGGAGGAGUAUGACUUUAGAAAUGAUACGGUGAAUCCUGAUUUGAAUAUGGAGUUGAAACCUCAAGCGCAACCAAGACCAUAUCAAGAGAAAAGUCUGAGUAAGAUGUUUGGAAAUGGGCGAGCAAGAUCUGGCAUCAUUGUACUACCUUGUGGUGCUGGGAAGUCUCUAGUUGGUGUUUCUGCUGCUUGCAGGAUAAAAAAAAGUUGCCUCUGCUUAGCUACCAAUGCGGUUUCUGUCGAUCAGUGGGCUUUCCAGUUCAAGCUUUGGUCCACUAUAAGAGAUGAUCAGAUCAGUCGCUUCACAUCUGAUAACAAGGAAAAGUUUCGUGGUAUGGCUGGUGUAGUUGUGACCACUUAUAACAUGGUUGCUUUUGGUGGUAAACGAUCUGAAGAUUCUGAAAAAAUUAUUGAAGAAAUACGGAAUAGAGAAUGGGGAUUGCUUCUCAUGGAUGAGGUGCAUGUUGUUCCUGCGCACAUGUUUCGUAAGGUUAUCAGCAUCACGAAAUCUCAUUGCAAACUUGGGCUUACUGCAACACUUGUGAGAGAGGAUGAGCGGAUAACAGAUUUGAAUUUCCUUAUUGGACCAAAACUGUAUGAAGCUAACUGGUUGGAUUUGGUAAAAGGAGGGUUUAUUGCUAAUGUUCAGUGUGCUGAAGUAUGGUGUCCCAUGACUAAGGAGUUCUUUGCAGAGUAUUUGAAAAAAGAAAAUUCAAAGAAGAAACAGGCGCUUUAUGUGAUGAAUCCAAAUAAAUUCAGGGCUUGUGAAUUUCUAAUUCGCUUUCAUGAGCAGCAGCGUGGUGAUAAGAUAAUUGUCUUUUCUGAUAACCUUUUUGCGCUGACUGCAUAUGCAAUGAAGCUCCGGAAACCUAUGAUAUAUGGUGCAACAAGCCACCAAGAGAGGACAAGAAUUCUUCAUGCAUUCAAGAACAGCCCAGAUGUCAAUACAAUCUUUUUAUCUAAGGUUGGUGAUAAUUCAAUUGAUAUUCCUGAGGCCAAUGUAAUAAUACAGAUAUCAUCUCAUGCGGGGUCACGGCGUCAAGAAGCUCAACGUUUGGGCCGUAUUCUUAGGGCAAAGGGUCGACUUCAAGAUAGGAUGGCAGGUGGAAAAGAAGAGUACAAUGCUUUUUUCUAUUCCCUUGUAUCCACAGAUACGCAGGAGAUGUAUUACUCUACUAAGAGACAGCAGUUUUUGAUUGACCAAGGAUAUAGCUUUAAGAUUAUCACCAGUUUGCCGCCGCCUGAUUCUGGAGCUGAUCUUAGCUAUCACAGCCUUGAUGAGCAACUUGACCUGCUAAGCAAACUGCUGAGUGCAGGGGAUGAUGCAGUGGGUCUUGAGCAGCUGGAAGAAGAUCAAGAUGGCAUGGCCCUUCAGAAACACCGACGCUAUGCAAUAUCAAUGAGCACUCUCUCAGGAGCAAGUGGGAUGGUGUACAUGGAGUACACCACGGGGAAGCACAAGCAAGGCGGUCAGGUCAAAAGCAAACCGAAGGAUCCCUCAAAGAGACAUCAUUUGUUUAAAAAGCGAUUCCAAAGUUAAGUUGCUCUAUGGAAAGGCAAGCAACGUUGUUGAUGAAGAAUCACCAACAGAUAUCCGAGAGGAUAUAUAUUGAUCAAGAAAUGAUGAUUCAUCACAGCAUUUUAAUUCAGCAAAGGCUUGCCUGAAUAUGAUACACACGGCUAUAUUCAUAAGCAAUUGUAAUUAUAAUAUAUUAGGGGCAUCAUAGUUUUUCUAGACCACCAGUCUUGCUUUCUGCAUCCAUUCAUGUUGCAGAAAGCUUGUCUGUGUACUAUUUGAUCCUCAAAGAAGUGCUCGAUCAUUUUUACCUUUUA